CUCCCGUGUAAACGAUACAGUAGUGAGUCGUUCAGGGUUCACCGAGUGCCCUUAACUCGGUGAUUCCAGUUUGUCCGUGCCGCGCCUGAAGGCAGCAUGAAGACCGGCGGAGCCUUCAGAUGAGUGGGGGCGGUAUGAGCCCCGGAGCCCGAGCCGGAGCCCGAGCCCGAGCCCCUCCCGUCUCUGUGCUGCUGUACUUUGAGUUUCGUAAAACAAGCGACUCCGGCUGAAAAGCUCCGCACAUCUCGGAUCUGACAGCGCGGGAAGGGAAAGACGCCGACACCCUCCCGGGGAGAAGAGAGUAGCAGCAGCAGCAGCAGCAGCAGCAGCAGCGUGUGUCCUCCAGGGAGCUGCCGCUAAACCGAACACACUCUCAGGGACAUGGUGGUUCUGUAUGAAGGCCAGUCGUUCUCUGCACUGAGGAGGCAGUGCCGGCAGAAUGGACGUCUGUUUGAAGACCCUCUGUUUCCCGCGUCUGACCGGUCUUUGUUCUACCAGAGCAACCGUAUCGGCCGAGUCACCUGGAAAAGGCCUAAGGAGUUAUGCAGCGACCCCCAUCUGUUUGUGGACGGCAUUAGCGCCCAUGACCUGCACCAAGGCCAGCUGGGAAACUGCUGGUACGUCGCCGCCUGCUCCAGCCUGGCCUCCAGAGAGGCACUGUGGCAGAAGGUGAUUCCUGACUGGAAGGACCAGGAGUGGGACAAAGAGAAACCGGAGUCGUAUGCCGGGAUCUUCCACUUCCAGUUCUGGCGGUUCGGUGAGUGGUUGGAUGUGGUGAUUGAUGACCGGCUGCCAACGGUGAACGGAGAGCUGGUGUACUGCCACUCCAACGACAGCAACGAGUUCUGGAGUGCGCUGGUGGAGAAGGCCUACGCCAAAAUGUGCGGAUGCUAUGAGGCGCUGGAUGGGGGCAACACGGCCGACGCGCUCGUGGAUUUCACCGGGGGGGUGUCGGAGCCGAUGGACUUGCUGGAGAACGGAUUCAAAGAGGAUGAAGAGAAGCGCACUGAGCUGUUCGAGAGAGUCCUGAAAGUCCACAACAGAGGAGGCCUCAUCAGCUGCUCGAUCCGGGCAACCAGUGCAGCGGACAUGGAGGCCAGGCUGGCCUGCGGCCUGGUGAAGGGCCAUGCCUAUGCGGUGACGGACGUCCGCAGGGUGAGGCUGGGCCAUGGCCUGUUGGCCUACUUCAGGUCUGACAAACUCACCAUGAUCCGCAUGAGGAACCCCUGGGGACAGAGAGAGUGGAACGGGGCCUGGAGCGACAGCUCAGAAGAGUGGAAGAAGGUGAGCGAGAGCGAGAGGCAGAGGAUCGGCGUCACCGUGCAGGAUGACGGAGAGUUCUGGAUGACGUUUGACGAUUUCAUCGCUAACUUCACAGACCUCAUCCUAUGUCGUCUGAUCAACACAUCCUACCUGAGUUUCCAUAAGACAUGGGAGGAGGCCGUGAUGCGGGGCUCCUGGCGCCGCCACGACGACCCGCUUCUCGACCGAGCCGGGGGCUGCACCAACAACAAGCACUCCUUCCUCCAGAACCCGCAGUAUGUGUUUGAUGUGAAGAAGCCGGACGACGAGAUAUUGAUCUGUCUGCAGCAGAAAGACAGAAGAGCCGCAAUGAGAGAGGGACGAGGAGAAAACCUGGCUAUUGGAUUCGACAUACACAGAGUGGAGUUAAACAGGACCUACCGUAUGCAUGCCACCCAGCAGAAGGUUGGUGGGAGCAUCUACAUCAACUCAAGGUCCGUGUUCCUACGCAUCGACCUGACAGAGGGGCGGUACGUCAUCAUACCCACAACCUUUGACCCCGGCCUGGAGGGAGACUUCCUGCUCCGCAUCUUCUCUGACGUCUCCUCAGACUGCAAGGAGCUGACCCUAGAUGAGCCCCCACAGACCUGCUGGUCUGGGUUGUGUGGUUAUCCCUCUCUGGUCACUCAGGUCCACGUACUGAAGGCUAACGGACUCGCAGGACAAGACUCCGAUGGAGUGUCAGACCCCUACGUGAUCAUUCGCUGCGAAGGAGAGAAGGUUUGCUCUCCAAUCCAUAAAAACACACGCAGCCCGGCCUUCAACACCAAGGGGCUCUUCUACAGGAAGAAAGCCAACCAGCCAAUCAGCAUUGAGAUCUACAACCAUAACGUGCUGCUGGACUCCUUCCUGGGUCAGGUGACGUUGCCAGCGGAGCAAGGGGAUUUCCAGCAGACGCUCCACCUGAGGGACAAGGGCGAUCGCCGUGACAGCGACCUCCCUGGGACCCUCACUGUUGCCAUAGUGACCAGCACAGUGCUCACCAAGAUCUGAGACAGGCCACCAAAGGGCCCAAAAGUUUACCAAAUUAGGAGUUUACCACAAAAGGAACCUUGCCCGCAACAGUAAAUAUUCGUCUUGAGCAGAGGGUUUACUUUUUGGAAGAAUAACUUUACUUAAUAGAAAACUACACACUACACAACUACUAGCCGGAGGUCUGUGGAGGUCAUCAGAGGAAGUGAUGACAAAUACAAACCCACCAAAGCUAGUUCUUUUUUUAGCAUUAUGCCCAUAAAUGUGUGUUUACAAAAUGAUUACAGCUCCUGUGUUGGUUGUAUCUGAAUAUCCUGAAAACAUUUAGCUAGUUUAUAAACCUUGUUUACAGUUCUGUGGGUUACCUUUUCUUAGGAUGGGAUCUCAUGUCUUUCAGCAGCUACUCAGUGGAAUUUUUUAUUCUACCGUUUAACCUUUCUGAUUCUAUUUGAGCCUGUUUUAUCUUUUAUAUUAAUUAACUUUUUCCAAAUCCUAUUUAUGUGUCUUUUUUUUUUUUUUACAUCGUCUUGUUUCUCCUCUGGCUUGUCUCGAUGCCUCUAAUGUUGAAAGAAGCUGUACAAAUAAACUUGCUUUUACUAGUAGUAUAAGGCCAUGUUAAAACACAGCGAGCUAUUGGCAGAAAUCGUGGCAUUAGAUCAAUUAAAUACACUCAGGUGGCAGUUUAUUAGGUACACCUAGCUAAACCUAAUGCAGUCUAAUACGUAAUGUUCAGUUUGUGUUGAAACUGUUUUAGAGAAGUGUCGAUUCAACUUUGUGGUCAUUUUGGAGGCUCCAGUUUGUGGUGCCGUUGAACUGUGUUGCAUUAUACUGGGAGGUGUCAUUUAGCCUGCCCUCAAUGAUAAAAAUGGGUGGACAAAAUAGUCGAAACACCCGUCAUUGAGAAGUUAAGGUCUUCUGAUCUUCAGAAUUGGAACGAUGUUAGAACUCUUCCAGACAUCGGGAACAACCUCCGGGGUCUAAGGAGAGCUGGAAUAAUCUUUGAAAAAAAUCGCUCAGUUCAUCGGAACAGUGUCUUCAUUUCCUUCCACAUAUUUCAUCCGGUCCACUAAGCUUCAUUCACCUUGAUCCCUCAGCUGUGCCUAGUGCUACUCCCACUGAACAAAAACACAGAACUGCACCAAAGUGUGGACAUGUCGGAGAUCCAGCCGAUGGACCGAAAACCACGGUGGGAGCCGUGAGCCCCUCAAAGAGAACGUCGGCCAGCAGCCCAUCUGGUGAAAAUUCAGCCUGAUUCUACGAUUAGUCGAGGGCGACUAAAUCAGGGUUUAGAUCAGGCGAUCUAGAUGCAUUUUAAGCAAAGUAUGUCUGUUCAUCUGGUGACUAUGGUGGCACAUUCAGUCUUUUCCUUGAUACGGCAGAAAGUGGCAGUAGCUUUUUCCCCCUGCUUCCAGUCUUACUGUUAAGCUGGGCUGACUCCAGUUUUGUACUUAUACAGUGUUUGUCCACGUCUUGAAAAGUCUUAAAAAGGAUUGAUUCCAGUUUCCUGGGGAAAAAAAAAAGUCUUUAAAGGUGUUAGAAACUCGUUCAUUUCAUUUGCAAAGGUCUUAAAAAAAAUUUUCUAGCUUGCCACAGGCAGUAAUGUUGUUUUUGAAAAUAUUAUUUUAGCAAAAACUGUUUAGAAAAUCUCUAGUACCGUUGUUCCAGGCGACUGGUGUUGUGUGAAACCUUAAAUAAAUGUUAUUUUUUAAAGGGGUUAAUCCAUCCAUCCAUUUAUCCAUCCAUUUUCUGCUGCAUAUCCAGGUCCGGGUUGUGUUUAAUGAUUGAUUAAUGAUAUUAUUAGAAAUAUAUAGUUGUAAGGGAGCAACAUCAAUGUGAUAUAACUGUCAAUAAAUUCAUGCACUUGGUAAAUAAGUCUAGGCCUUAUGGGCCCCUACUGGUUUUCACUGAUAUCGUUCAUACUUUGGUUGGUUUGAUGGUCAAACAGGCAUGAAAUAGUAUUUUAUGUGGUAUUAAAAAGGUCUGCGAAAGUCUUAAAGUUAACUCAGUCAACCCUACAGAAACGCUGUUAAAAUAUCAAACGUAGCGAUUUCGUCAUCUCUCAAAGAGAAAGCAAAUACUGUGUAACCUGAAAAUCAGUCUUCAGCAGCCAUCUCUAUUUCAAACGUGCUGCACCUCUGUCUGAACACACCCAGAUUCCUUUGUAUUCAUUAGUAGAUUUUUGAAAUGUUUUUUUUUUU